CAGUUAGUAAAGAACACGGACGUUAACAGAACGUACUGCACAUUAACGGUCUUUUUGAGCACUUUGCUAUACUUAAAAAGUUGUGAAACAGUAAAGAAAAACUUAAAAUUUCUUCUCAUACCUUUGAAAAGGUCUUAACAAGCAAAUUCAUUCAUACGACUACUAAGCAAGUGAAAAGUGUUGCAAAAUUCCAACAGCCAAAGGGUGAAGUUGGCAAAAGUUUCUGUAAAGAAUAUACUCAAAACUUUGAUAACCGCAAAUUAGCUUGGAAACGGCUUAAAAGAUCGACAUUCUGCGAUGUAUAGGAAAACCCGUACUACAAGCAUCUAUACAAUCGACCAAAAGAAAAAAAUUAAUGGAAAAUCCAUAGAAAGGAACUGAUAAUUACGGUAUUAAUAAAAUUGCACCCUUUUUUGAAAUUCGGAAGACAUCCUUGCAUCUGAUUGCGACUGAAUGGACCUCAAUCGUUUCUCUUGUGUCCAUUUACUUAUGUGAGUGAACGUCACCCGUGCGUCAGGAAAAUCUAUAAAAGUUUUCAAAAACUUGCAAAGGGAAAGUAGCAAGUAAGAGUAAAAAAACAAACGACACUCAUAAAUAUCACAGAGCGAAGAAUAGAAAACAAAAAGGGAGCAGCGCCGUCACUGCAAGGGACAAAUCAAGUAGUGUAACGGGACACAACUUAAAAUAAAACGUAGCGAGAAGUGUGCAAUCAGCAUAAAAACAUAUUACAAUAGUGGUAGCGGCGUACUUUUAAAACAAUCACGCGUGAUGUCUCUGGAAGAUCCAUUCUUCGUUGUUAAGGACGAAGUAUUUAAAGCAUUAAAUAAAACGCGCGGCCUAUAUCUACGUUGGCGUGAGUUAAGUGAUAGCAGCGGAAGUGCUGAAAUUGAAUGGACGACAACCGAAUUAAGGAACUCUUUGCGCAGCAUUGAAUGGGACUUGGAAGAUUUGGAAGACACUAUUAGCAUAGUCGAAAAGAAUCCAAAUAAAUUUCGCAUUGAUAAUCGUGAACUUUUGAGUCGGCGCCAUUUCAUCGACAACACGCGCGAUGAGGUCAAACAGAUGAAAGAGAAGAUGAGCCUGAAUCGGAACAGGGACAGAGAUAUAACGGCACAUCAACCAUUACUCGAUGAGCACAAUCAUAACGAACUUAAUCAUCAAAACAGUCAGAACGGAAACAACAAUUACAACAACAACUAUAACAAUAGCCUAAACAACAGUAAUCAUCACAACAAUCAGCAUAAUCACCAUCAUCACGGUAUCAACGAUAAAACCUAUCUAGUCGAGUGUUCGAACGGUGGCAUCGGUGGCGGUCUAUUACAACAGAAUUCUUUGAUAACCGGUGGCAGUGGUGUAGCCAAUACAAUUGCCGGUACAAUGGCAGCAGCGGCACAACGUCACAGUGGCACAAAGUACUCCAAAUUAGAGAAUGCAGUCGAUAGUCCGGGUCAUUAUGCAUCGUUGGAUAGUCCUGGGCAUCGAUUUGUGGGCGAAACGGUGUCGGUGCAGCAGCGCAUGAUGCAAGGGCAAGAUGAGCAGCUAGAUAUGAUAAGUGAUUCCAUUGGAACGUUAAAGACUGUGUCGCGUCAGAUAGGCGUGGAGUUGGAUGAGCAGGCUGUCAUGCUGGAUGAUUUUGGUAAUGAAUUUGAUACAACGGAAUCCAAAUUAGAUACAACCAUGAAGAAAGUUGCCAAAGUAUUACACAUGAAUAAUGAUAAACGUCAAUGGGCCGCUAUUUUCAUACUAUCCGCGCUUUUGUUACUUGUGAUAAUUUUAUUUAUAGUUUUGUAAAUAUUUCGCUAAGUAAAAAAAUUUUCCGCGUCAUAGUUGGCAUUUUAUUUAUUUAUUAUGUGUAUUUAAUAUCAAACUACCAUAUACAUAUGUAUUUAUAUAGUCUAUCGAAAAUUUUGAGUUUCAUUUGUUAUGGUUAAUUUAUUGCUAUCAAAUGUUAAAAAAAUAACACAGUCACUACAUAUGUAUAACAAACGUCCAAAAUAAACGAGUUAUUCGCGGAAGUAAACUAA